AUGAAACUGUUCGUCGCCAUCGCGUUUGCCCUGUUGGCCAUCGUCGCCGCCCAGGAACAGUACACCACCAAAUACGACGGUAUCGAUCUGGAUGAGAUCCUGAAGUCGGACCGCCUGUUCAACAACUACUUCAAGUGCCUGAUGGAUGAGGGCCGCUGCACUCCGGACGGUAACGAGCUGAAGAAGAUCCUGCCGGAAGCGCUGCAGACGAACUGUGCCAAGUGUAGCGAGAAGCAGCGUAGCGGCGCGAUCAAGGUGAUCAACUACGUGAUUGAGAACCGCAAGGAGCAGUGGGAGGCACUGCAGAAGAAGUACGAUCCCGAGAACCUGUACAUUGAGAAGUACCGCGAUGAGGCCGAGAAGGAGGGCAUCAAGCUGGAAUAA